ACAGACGAAGGCCAGUCGGAGCGCGGCCAUCCCAGACCCCGCGCCGCCGGCCUCCGGCCCGCGGGCAUGCUGGCAUGGCAGGACGGCGGGGCCAAGGCGGCUCCCUCCCCCCACAAGAUCUCCUUCUCUGUCCUGGACAUCCUGGACCCACAGAAAUUCACCCGAGCGGCGCUCCCGGCCCUGCGCGCUGCUCCCCGGGAAGCCAAGAAAAGUUUGGCAGAGUCCGAAGCGGGGAAGGACGGCAGCUCGGGGGACCAGGCGCGCCAGCGGGAGACCCCUGGUGACGCGGGCAGAGGCGCGGAGGCGGCGUCCCCCCUGGAGGGCUCCGAGGCGGAGGAGGCGCAGGACGCGGAGGAUGCACACAUCUCCUAA